AUGAAGCCAGAAUUGAUUCUCAAGGGAAAUGGACUGCCUGCGAUUUGCCAACUGCACAUGAAAUUGAAAGUCAAUAUGAUAGGUGGUGACACUCCCCCACCAUACGAAAGCUCAUUCAAUCAAGAUCCACAACGCAGAAAUGAUUGGCACUGCUUGCUUGAAAAUGAGAUGAACAAUACAAGGCAAGACAAUGAGGCCAUGUUCCAUUGA